AUGGCCUCCACUCUGCCAGAUUACUAUGCGUUCCUCGGCAUCCCUCAGACAGCGACGCAGGAGGAGGUGCGAAUUGCGUAUAGGAAAGAGUCGUUAAAGACGCACCCUGACCGUCUGGUGAAUGCAACUCCAGAAGAGAAGAGGAAGGCUACAGAGAAAUUCCAGGCUGUUGCAGAUGCAUACUACGUGCUCUCGGACGCUACACGAAGGAAGGAAUACGACGCUCUGUACUCCACACGUACGCACCAAGAGAAGGCUGACGAUCCCAACGCGUCCUCGAACUUCUUCUCGCAAUUUGCGAGUAUGUUCGGUGCAUCCACCGGUGCGCAGCCGGGGGCUACCCCGCCGGGCAGACCGGAUGCAGACUACGUCUUCGCGGACGUUUUUGACGAGCUUCUCCGUCCGGAAGUCCAACGGCAUGCCCCUUGGUGGUCGUGGACUGGUGCAGUCUGCGGCGCAGGACUGGGCUUCAUCGUUGCCAACGUGCCGGGUCUUAUGGUAGGCGCGUAUGCAGGCAACAGGCUGGGUUCCAUCAGAGACGCGAAGGGCAAGAGUGUUGCCGCGGUGUUUUCGCAGUUGGGCGGAGACCAGAAGGCUCAGAUUCUGCGGGCCCUGGCUAUGAAGGUGCUCGGUACCACGCUAGGCUGA